CGACGCCCCCCUUCCAUCCCUCCCACCCACUCACGAACCACGUCACGAACCAGAAUGGCCAAGAAGAAGAGCGGCGUCAGCGCGAACGGGAGCGCGCCCGGGGCAAGCCGUCGCAGCGGCUGGACGUCGUGCUGGACCAAGUGGGUGACGCGCCUCUUCAUGCUCUCGGUGGUAUAUGUCAUUGCGAAGGCGAUUGACCCUCUACGGACGCGUUUCUACCGCUUCGACCCGGAGAUGCUGCACGCCGUCGCGCGGUCCGCCGUCGCGAGUUCGCCAGACGACAUGGACGCCAUGGUGUCGCACAUCCUCGCGAACCUCACCGCGGAGUACCCGCAGGCCGCGUCGGGGUGGGCGACGCCGUGGACCGCGACGGGGCCCGUAGCGCUGAACACGAACAAGCGCGAGUGGCUCUUCAACAACGCGGGCGGCGCAAUGGGCGCGAUGUACAUCAUCCACGCGUCCAUCACCGAGUACCUGAUCAUCUUCGGGACGCCGCUGGGCACGGAGGGGCACACGGGCCUGCACACCGCGGACGACUACUUCCACAUCCUGCAGGGCGAGCAGUGGGUGUUCGCGCCGGGCGCGUUCGAGCGCGAGGUGUACCGCCCCGGGGACAUGAACUUCCUGCCGCGGUUCACGGCGAAGCAGUACAAGAUGCACGAGGGGUGCUUCGCGCUCGAGUACGCGCGCGGGUGGAUCCCGCUGAUGAUGCCGUUUGGGCUCGCGGACCUGGUCAGUAGCACGCUCGACGUGCCGACGCUGUGGGACACGGUGCGCAUCACGGGCCGGGAGAUGCUGCGGAAUGUGGUGAUGGGUAAGAUCUAGAUUGACGGGGUAUUUUUGGGGUUACGUCGAAGGUCGUCGUCAUGCUUCAUUUGCUUAAUUAGCGUAGAUUUGAGCAACUGUAAUGCAUCUCCCGCUGGGAUGGAUCAUCCGCUGUUGUCUGAAG